AUGGAGUACCCGUCUUCCGGGGGCCUGGACCCUCUAGUAUUGGACGCGGAAUGUCGGCUCGCUUCCCCCCACACCCGCAUCCAGCUACCACCACUCCUACCAUCCAACGACAGCACGGCCGCUAAGCAGCCGAACAGACGCGCUGGCGCAUACCCUCGUCGCAGGGCUGUGAGAGCAUGCCAGGUGUGCCGAGCCCGUAGGACCAAAUGCGACAACAAGAAGCCGUCGUGUUCCUUUUGCGAAAAAAUCGGCGCCAAAUGCGUGGUCAACGACCCUGCUGACCUGUCUGGAGAAACUGACUGCGACCGAAGGUUUGACACUGCCAGUUUAGUGAUUAUUCAACGCCUCGAUCAGAUCGAGUCGCUUAUCCAGCAACAGCAACAGCAGCAAUCUCAACAGAUCCAACAUGGAAGGACCGUCGUUGACCACACCAAUGGCAUGCAAGCCGCAACGAGGGUCUCGGCAGUCGCAGACAGCGAGUCGCCGACCCUUCAUGGUAGCCCAUUGUACCAGGCGCACUGCGCAGACCUCAGCCGACUUACCAUCGAAACCGUCCUCUCCUGGAACGUCUUCAAUGGAAGAUACGACGCAGGCCCAAGUCUUUACGAUCUGGUCUCAUCACAGACAACCUUGUCCCAGGAGCCGUUCCUGGCAAACAACGACCCGCGUCUCGAACGGCUGGACCUGGACCUGAAAACAUGCACCCGGCUGCUCCACACGUUUCUCGAGGAGGUGCAUAUUGCAAACCCAAUCCUUGACGUCCAUUUGAUUACCGAUUACCUAUACCAAGCGUGCGUUCACGGAAUCGGGUGGGACGCGCCCUCGUGCCUUGUGCUACUCAUCUGCGCAAUAGGGGCUAUUUCUGAGAGUUUUCAGGAGCACCAUGAAUCGAGCUCGAUGACGGCGCGGCGGUCGCCGUCCUUUCACCUUGGUCAAAGAUACUUCGAAGCGGCCCAGAUGCGGCUGGGAGUGGUUUUCCGGACCCAUGGAGUGCUGGAGACUCAGUGUUUCUUCUAUUCCGGCGUUUACCUGAUGGCUGUGUUUCAGCCUGUCCGCGCCUGGAGGUGUUUUGUGCAGACAGCCGCAGUGGCAGAGAUGAUGGUCUUCUCGUCCAACGGGUCCAGUACAACCGCGAGCCUCCAGAGGGACCUUCGCUGUCUAGAGACCACACACUGGGCUUGUCUCAAGUCUGAACUGGAGCUGCGCUUGGAGCUCGGUCUGAACCAACCUGACCCGCUUCGAUUUACGUAUCCGACCUUUUUCCCAUCCCUGCCCAUGGAAAGGCUUAAUCGUGAUGAGUCUCGGGUGUGGUAUUUCUAUCUUGCUGAAACCGCUAUUCGACGAUUAGCGAUGCGGGUCAUCCAGUUCUUCUUCUGGCACCAGACACAAGGUAGAUUCCCUGACGCCCAUAAUAUGAGAGAAGCCUCACUAGACUUUGAAAUUCAAGCCUCUGAAUGGACCUCUUCCCUGCCGCCAGUGCUCUCCCUUUCAACCCCUGAAAUGGAAGACGAUGUCCUGAAAUUCGUUCUACGAGGCCACCUCCUUGACUGCUACGAGUGGAUCUACUUCCCUUACAUGCUCGAAGCGAUCGCACACGGCAACCGCGACCCAGAGACGGAGGAGUUCGUCAUCCGCGGGCUGAAAAUGUCCGUUGAGCGCAUCCACAAAAAUCGUAAGGGGUUCAGGCACCGACACCACGGCGUCUGGUUGAUGUUGCGCUCGUGUACGCGGAGCGCGCUUAUAUUGCUAGCGGCGAGCCGCAGUUCGGCGACACACGACCUCUUGCCGCUCGGUUGGAAGGGGGCGGUCAUGAAUGCAACAGAUAUGUUGGCGUAUUGGAAGGAUGAAGCAGAGGAUGCGAGGGAUCGGCUGAGAAUUCUGCAGGAGUUUAUGGAGGAGUGGACAAGUGAAGAAGAGCAGGAACUGGGGAGCUUUGGUGUGGGUUGCGGAGGGUAG